AUGAACAAGACAAUAGAAAUUAGAGCACCAAAGAUUCUUGGUGGUGAAUCGAGCACAGAAGGACAAAUAACUGAAUUUGUUGUAAGUGAAGGUGAUGUGAUAAGCUCUGAUCAAUUGUUGACAAAACUUUCCGUAGGAGAGGUGAAAAUUAUGGAGGAAAUUGCGAUCAGUAGAGAAAGUGUUGGAGGGACUGAUAUGGGAAGUAGGAUAAACAAAGCAGAUGUGAUAGGUCAUAUGAGAAAAGCUGGACAAGCUACUGUAAAACAAUAUGAAUUGCCAAGAAGUGUAGCAAGGACAAAAUGCAAACUUUGCUAUGACAUAGCGUUACCGUUAACACUAAAAAGUAUUGGUCAGAUGUCAUUUGCUGAUAGCUACAAGUAUCAGAGAUGA